ACAAUCCUGAAAAACUUGAUGGCGGAAAUUGGGUAAUUAAAGCCAGCAAUGCUGCUGGUGAAGAAAAAAUAAAACAUCAGGUGAUAUUCAGAGGAAAAGAUCAUUAUCAUUAUGUACCAGGGUUAUUUCAUGCAGAAUCUAAAAUAUCACAUGACGAGAGAAAUGAUCCUUUCCGGUCGGAAGGUGGAUAUUCUUGUGUAGCGCCAACCAAUUGCAAUGUGUCUUUGCCUUCUAUUCAUGGCAGCGAUGAAAGUGUCAAAGACGCCAUGAAUCAAACCGAAGCAGUUCAAACUAUGAAUAACACAGAUGUAGCACAUCUUUCAGAAAAUGUUCCGAUAAAGCCUGUAAAAAGGGAAUGGCGUAAAAAGCUCUCUACCUUGUACAAUUCAAAACUUUCACCGAGUGUAGUCGAAACAGUUAAACCAAAAAUGCUUGAGUUCCAAAAAAAGCUUUUCUUCGAGACGCAAUUAAAAAAUCUUACAGUGGCAGAAGGCAAGCUAGUAAAAUUAGUUUGUUCGUGUGUUGGGCCAUCACCAACAAUAAAAUGGUUUAAAAAUAAUAUACCUAUUGUCUGGUCGAAAACAGUGAAAAAUGAAACUAAGCUGGGAGUUGGGGCUAUUCAUAUAUAUAACGCGUCGAUAGCUGAUACUGGAACGUACAAAUGCGUGGUCAGUAACAAUUUUGGAGAAAUUGAAACGUCGUGCACGCUAACCGUCUAUGAAGUACACCAAAGUCAGUGCGAGGCACCAAAGUUUACGAGAAAUGUAAAAGAGUAUUACAAUGUUCAAGUGAAUGAUCUAUUGCUCGAAGUUCAUGUUCGUGGAAACCCCCCGCCUACCAUUAAAUGGUUCAGAGAUGGAGUUUUACUUGAAGAUCUAGAAGGAGAAAAGUACUUUUUAUUGAGAGAGCCCGAUGGUGUACACAAACUUACAAUUCAUGAUCCCCAACGAAUGGACGAAGGCCGUUACGUUUGUGAAGCUGAGAAUAUUGCCGGGAAAGAUACUAUCAAACACAUUGUUGAGAAGUUAAACAAAGAAGAGUACUGCCAUGUUCACGGUAUUUCGUACCAUGAUCAGAUUCUGGCAAAACGUAAUAGAAAUGAGGAGCGUAAGGUAGAGACAUUUAUUGAUCGUAAAGAGCCUCGAGAAUUCGUAUGGAUGGAAGACGGGUCAUAUUAUGUUCGUGGAGAAACUCCCGAACAUUUGUGGGAGUGGGAAACUGACACUAGUGCGGAAAGCGAAUAUGAACCUUUUGAACACCAAAAUGAAUGCAAUGAAAAGGAUCAAAUUGGAGUUGAUGACGACAAUAGCGAUGAUAAUAAUGCAGAUCAAUCUGAUUUCGAUAGUGAUUUACAAACACCUAUUGCUAUAAAAAAGCGUGGUCCAAAAAUCAAGAAAAUGCGAAAAAAGAUUGAUAGUCGAUCUAAAAGAAUUGGUUACAAUUAUAUUGAUGAAGAAGAACAAUAUAAAAACCAGAGGUUGGUUGAUGAAGUCGAGAUAGAACACGUUGAAACAAAUAUUCCACAUCAGAUAACAAACGCAGAUGAAAAUUCAACUCAGGCAGAAACUUGUCAGCAAUCUACGAAAACAGACGAACAUACAGAAGAAAAAGAUGAAGAAACUCUUAGGAGGGAAAGGUAUUUACGUCUUUUCCCUGAGUUUGCUCCAGAAAACCCAAAAGCAGUUGAUAAUAAAAAUCCACUCAAAUUCUUGAAUGAGCUUCGAGAUAUUACAGUUGCUGAAGGAAAAUCUGUGAAACUAUUUUGUACUGUUUCUGGCCCAAAACCUGACAUUAAGUGGCAAAAGGAUGGAUUCCCCCUAGAAUUUUCUAAGGUUAUCAAAAAUCUUAGUCACGACUCGACAGGUAUAGUAAAUAUACUAAAAGUAUCGAAGCAAGAUGAAGGUGUCUAUACAGUUAUAGUCAAACAUAAAGAUUUUUGUAUUAGUAAUGAUGCCAAAGUUACAGUGAUCCAAAAUCCUGAAUUACCAAAAGGAGCAGAACCAAGAUUUAUUACUGGUAUUAAUCAACAUUACGAUUUUCGUGUUGAUGAUCUUAUUUUAGAAACUCAUAUUAAAGGUGAUGGCUUAUUAAUGGUUCAAUGGUUUUUAGAUGGCAUUGCGAUAGAAAAUAAUGAAAAAUAUAUACAGAUUCGGGAACCAAUGGGUGUUUACAAGCUGUGCAUACAUAACCCUCAAACUCGAGACAAUGGAAAAUACACUGUUAGAGUUCGUAAUGAUUUUGGGUCAGCUGAACAACAAUAUUAUCUUAGAUUCGAGGGGAAAAAGCAAAUUCUUUCUUUUGGCAUUUUUCAUGCCGAUCCACGAAGACAGUAUGUAGAUACAGAUGUAGAAAAGAAACCACGUGAACAUCGUGAAGUCGUAUUCUUUGAAGAUGGUUCAUACUACGUACGAGGCCAAACUCCGGAGCAAUACUGGGAGUGGGAAACAGACACUAGUGCUGAAAGUGAAUAUGAACUCUAUUUUUCUGAUGAAGCACCUGUGAAAGACAAAUCAAAAGAAUCGUCUGUUGAAGCAGAGAAAAUAGAGAACAAUCUUGAAGAACUAUUCGACAAACAUACACUUAGUGAACCAUCUGAUGUAGAACACGAUAAUAAUCAGAAUGAGCAGGAAAAAUCGUUGGAUACUGCGAAGAAAAUUGUAAAACGUGGUCCAAAAAUCAAGAAAUUACGAAAGAAACAAACCAAGUUACCAGAAAAGCAUACAGAACAUAAAGAUAGUUCAACUAUUCUAAAAGAAGAUGAAACACAAGAUAAAAAAGUUCAUCUUGAUAUGACUGAAUCAGAAAUCGUUAACCAGAAAAUGAAGUUGAGCCAACGUAUUUUAUCUGGACAGUCACAGCAAAAUGAACAAGCUCCAAAACCAAAACGGAAACCGGUUGAAGUAGGAUUCAUUAGUCACUUAAGAAAUCAAACAUUGCUUAAAGGGAAAACAGUUAGUUUAAAUUGCUGUUGCUCGGAUAAUCAAAACAUUGAGGUAACAUGGUUCAAAGAUUGUAAAAAGUUUGAAAUGAACAAAAGAUGUGUGAGUGAUGUACAUUUUGGAUUCAUCACUUUGGAAAUUUAUCGCACCACCCUGGAAGAUUCAGGCUGCUAUGAAUGCCAUGUAAAGACAGCUAAUGGCGAAGCAAAAGAUUCUUGCAUAAUCACUGUUUUUGAACUUCCGGAUAAGCGACAAGUGGAAUUGGUUCCACCAACUUUUAUUCAUCCAAUCAAAGAAACAUUUUAUCCAAAAACUAAUGACCUGCAUCUCGAAACAAGAGUGCGAGGCAAUCCUGUUCCCACAUUAUGUUGGGUUUGUGAUGCUGUUUUAAUAAAUCAAAACACGGAGAAAUUUGAGAUAUUCAAUCAACAUUAUUAUGAAUUGGGAACAAGGAUAACUACUGCAACGCUUAUAAUCAACAAUCCUCAGUUAAAAGAUAGUGGAAAAUAUACUUUAAUUGCGAAAAAUGAUGUUCAAACGACUCAACUUUCGAGGCAAGUUAAUAUAGAACUACGUCCAAUUGAUCAUAAGAAAAAACGAAUGGACGAUGUUGUGAUAGAGAAUGACGUUCCCAGAAUUAAUCCAAAGCCACCUACACCAGAACCAGAAAUUACCACACAGACCGACUCUUGUGUACCGAGCACAGCCCCGGAAACUGAAACAAUAGAACAAACGGAAGAGUUAGUGCACGAGGACACCGAUGAAGAUUGAUUUGGGAAAUGUUUAUAUGAUUAGUACUAUAUAACUAUAUAUUUAUAAA